UGUUUACAACUAGCCUCGCGUUGCGAUAGCAGGGACGUGUCGCAAAGAAGACAUGGACCUGUCUGCUGUCAUGAAGGAGAAUCUGACAUGCAGCAUCUGUCAAGACAUCUUUAAGGACCCGAGAGGCCUCCCAUGUCAACAUGCAUUCUGUUACGAAUGUCUGAACAACCACAUUAUUGCCACUGUUGAAGAAAAAAGAAGCUUCAAAUGCCCACUUUGCCGAAAAUCAACACGACCAAAAUAUCCAAGCAAAAGAAAAGAGACCUGGGCUUAUCAAUUCAAACACGAUUUCAGGCUGACAAAUAUACACGAGGGUUUGAAAGCAUACGCUUCAUAGUCCCUGAGACCACUUCAGGGAGUGGGACAGUUGCUGGGACAUGAACAGCAGCAGCAUCGUCAGCAGCAGCUUCAGUGGCAUCGCCCUCGGACAUGCCAAAUUCCAAGAUGCCCAGACCCAAAAUGGCACCUUUACCCGAGCUGAGGCAGGAACCAUGGCAAGUGCCAGUUGGAACAAUUCAGAAUAUUGCCCAUACCGAACGUAACGAACAGAUCCAACAUCAUGAUAUCCAGAGUAGCUCCAUACCGCACACAGAUGAUGCAAAUUCCUUGCAAGAAGCCAGUUGUGACAAGAGCAACCGUGCAAUUUUGGGAUCCGUUGAGACAUGUAUCCCCCUUGCUGCUGGGGAUCAGGUUAGCUAUGACCUCAAGGUUCUUGUUCAGGGCAAGAAGAGAAUAAUACUGACCCCUCAUUUCGAGGCGAAGAAACUUCUUGCUAUAACACUAAAUCCAAAAAUGGAAGAGGUCAGCAGAUGUUCCCUUGACCUUGAUGCAACACCUAGUCGCAUAUGCAAGAUCGACAACAACGUAGUGGCCAUAACAACGUCAUAUACAAAUACAAUUGCACUCUAUAGAAUGGAGGGUGAGCUUCUCUUUCAAAAUCGAAUUAAAACGAAGGAGAGCUAUGAUGGAAUUGCUUGUUUGAAAUAUGGGCUAUUUGUAGUGACAAAUCGAACAGAUGUUGACUUCAUUGACUUUGAUGGUAAAGUACUGGCCGAGCACAAAAUCACAAUGCCCAAUGUGUUGAGACCAGUCAUUUGUUAUGUCUCUGUCACUCUAGUUGGGGACAUGAUCAUUUCUGGAAAUACCCUGUCAUGUAUUAAACGGAACGGUAACUUGUUUUGGCAGAAGAAGAGGAAGAGUUAUGAAAACCCAAUGGGAACUGCUGUCGACUCCAGUGGUGCCAUUUUCUUGGCUGAACAUAACUUCGAAAUAAUUUUGCAGCUGGACAAAAUGGGUUCAGUGGUUGGUAACGUUAUGGAGAAAUCAGAGCGAUUCAGAAAGCCGUCAGCCAUUGCUUUAGACAAUACAGGGUAUAUGUUUGUGAUUUGUGACUAUAACUUUGUUGCUGUUGUGAAGCUAUCAGAUCAUAAUUCGUAGAACAAACAUGGUUAUUCAUACUCUGCAUCACAAUAAGGCAGCAGAGAAGCUGAAUUGAAACUUUUUCCUAGUAUUUCAGGAUCUUUUUACUAGUAUUCAUUCUCGUUUAAUUAUUGGAUUUUAAAUGAUAUUGAAUUGUUUGAAAAAUUUUGAUUGAUAAUAUGUUUUGUUGAAAAAAUAAUGUUUUAAAUUUGGUAGAUUUGAACUGCGAUUGUUAGUGGCUGUAUCCUCGAAGGGGGUUAGGGUAGUGUAAAAUUAUUAUUAUUAUUAUCCCCUAAGAAGAUACGUAAGUUCCACAUCUCUCAAAGUCGAUUUAGAACUACCACGUUUUUGAUAUUACCACUAAUAGUUUUUAAACUACCACGUUAAAAAUAUGUGUCGUUUAAGAUGUUAGGCUAACUAAAUCAAUAAUCGCCAACAACUGAGGGGAAGAUGUAAAUCCUGCUUGGGUCCAUGCAGGUAGCAAAGGUGAGGUGAUUUACCUUCAGUUGCUGGCGAUCAAUAGCUCAUUUUUAUAAUGCAUUGUUC